AUGUGGCCUUCCCUAAUUAGGAAAUCAAAGGAAGGAGGCCUCAAUGCAAUUGAGACAUAUGUCUUUUGGAAUGCCCAUGAGCCCCACCGACGCCAGUAUGAUUUCUCUGGAAAUCUCGACUUUGUUCGGUUUCUGAAAACUGUCCAAGAUGAAGGGCUCUAUGCUGUUCUUCGGAUUGGCCCAUAUGUGUGCGCAGAGUGGAAUUAUGGUGGGUUCCCUAUGUGGCUGCAUAACAUGCCAAAUAUUAAGCUUAGGACAAACAAUCCUGUAUAUAUGAAUGAGAUGCAAAAUUUCACAACCUUGAUAGUCGACAUGGCGAGGCGGGCGAAUCUUUUUGCCUCGCAAGGAGGACCCAUCAUCAUUGCUCAGAUUGAAAAUGAAUAUGGAAAUGUCAUGUCUUCUUAUGGUGAAAGUGGAAAAGAAUACAUUAAGUGGUGUGCAAAUAUGGCUGAAUCUCAAAAGAUUAGCGAACCUUGGAUUAUGUGUCAGCAAGAUGAUGCUCCACAGCCCAUGAUCAACACAUGCAAUGGGUGGUACUGCGAUCAAUUCCAACCUAACAAUCCUAACAGUCCAAAGAUGUGGACUGAGAAUUGGACUGGCUGGUAUAAGAAUUGGGGUAUGAAAGAUCCGCACAGAACUGCAGAGGAUGUUGCUUUCUCCGUGGCACUAUUCUUCCAAAAUGGCGGCACCUUCCAUAACUAUUACAUGUACCAUGGAGGAACCAAUUUCGGUCGAACAUCUGGAGGUCCAUAUAUUACCACUUCCUAUGACUAUGAUGCACCGCUGGAUGAAUAUGGUAAUUUGAAUCAACCCAAGUGGGGACAUCUCAAACAGCUUCAUCUUAUCCUUAGAUCAUUGGAGAAGGUUCUUACUUCUGGCGAAGUAAAAAAUAUUGACUACGGGAAUAUGACUUCCGUGACCAUUUACACUCUCGAUGGAAAAUCUAGUUGCUUCUUCGGGAAUGCAAAUGAAAGCAAUGAUUCUACCAUCACUUUCCAAGGCAAUAACUACACUAUUCCUGCUUGGUCUGUUAGUAUCCUUCCUGAAUGCCGUACAGAAGUUUACAACACUGCCAAGGUUAACACUCAACAUUCAUUAAUGGUCAAGAGGGAAGAUGAAGCUGAGGAUGAACCCGACAACUUGAAAUGGUCUUGGAAACCUGAGCCUUUUGAACGUAUUAGCCGCAAAAACCUCAAGGGUGCCAUGAUCGCUUCCCAACUUUUGGAUCAGAAGGUUGCAGCAAAUGAUGCCAGCGAUUACUUGUGGUAUAUGACCAGUGUCAAGAUAGACAAAAAUAAUCCCGACUGGGGGAAUGAGAUAACUCUAAGAGUGAACACAAGUGGGCAUGUGCUUCAUGCCUUUGUCAAUGGAAAGCACAUAGGUUCUCAAUGGAGCAAAAACGGAACAUAUAAGUUUGUGUUUGAAAAACAAGUUCAGAUGAGGCAUGGAUCAAACCAAAUAUCACUGCUUAGUGUCACUGUUGGAUUUGCACACUAUGGUGCCAACUUCGAUUUAGAAGAGGCUGGAAUUCAUGGUCCAGUGGAAUUGAUUGCAGCUGGGAACGUGACCAAGGACUUAUCUUCAUACAAGUGGGUGUACAAGGUUGGAUUGCUUGGUGAGCAUCAGGGACUCUACAAAGCUGAGGCUGGUCGUCUCCAAAAAUGGCACACCGAUGAUCUUUUGGUGAACAAGAUGUUUGUGUGGUACAAGACAACAUUUAAAGCUCCACUGGGAGAUGACCCUGUUGUUGUGGACUUGCUGGGUUUGGGCAAAGGACAUGCCUGGGUAAAUGGCCACAGCAUUGGGCGGUAUUGGCCAAGCUUCCUUGCUGAUGAAGAUGGGUGUACUUCAACUUGUGACUAUCGUGGAGCUUACAGCGACAACAAGUGCUUGACAAACUGCGGCAAACCUUCUCAAAGAUGGUAUCAUGUGCCGCGCUCCUUCCUCCAAGAUGAUGAGAACACACUUGUUUUGUUUGAAGAGUUCGGAGGCAACCCAUCUUCUGUCAACUUCCGCACUGUUACGGUUGGAACAGCCUGUGCAAAUGCUUAUGAAGGGAACACCGUGGAGCUGUCGUGCCAAGGAGGGAAAACCAUCUCUGAAAUCAAAUUUGCCAGCUUUGGCGAUCCGCAGGGUGCUUGUGGAUCCUUCAAGAAAGGCAGCUGUGAGGCUGCAAACGCUACUGCAAUAAUCCAAGAGGCAUGCAUUGGCCAAAAGAGCUGUUCUGUUUAUGUAUCCGAGGCAACAUUCGGGUCUACUGGAUGCAAUGUCCCUGCAAAAAGCCUGGCUGUUGAAGCUCUUUGCUAAGAGAAUUUUAUUUAUUUAUAGUGUUGUAUUUUAUAUUUCUUUUAUCAAGAUUACUGUCUUAAUAAAUUGACAGUUUGUACUUAAAAAAUUGAUUUUAAUUCUUCGAUAAAUUCGUUCCCUACAGUGUUUUCAAA